UGUACUGAUUUUCUGUCUGUUGUACCCACAGUCACAGACUAAGAUAUAAUAUCUUAGUCCGUGCCCACAGUAUAUUAUGUAGAGAUUUUUGAAGUUGAUUAAGUGAAGAAAUAAAAUCAAAAUCAUUUUUGAACUUCGUGUGUGUGUGUAUUAUACAUUUAUACAUAGUUGGCAGAUAUCUGAUUCAAACUUUAACGUCUUAAAAGGUUAUUUGAAUUCUAGUUUAAAGAUUUUUGAUCUUGAAAUUUUCACAAGCUACCAUCGUUGGUAGAGCAAUUAUGAGGGAACGAGAACGUUAUAAAGAUAAAGGACAUGAUCGUACUAAAGAUAAACAUCGUGAUCGUUCCACUAGUUUAACUAGAGCGCGUAGAGGUAGGUCUCGAAGCUCAUCACCAAGAGCAAGGCGUGAACCACGUGAGCAUUCAAGAAGUCCACGGCGUGUUCGUUCUCGAAGUACUUCACCGAGGGCAAGACGUGAUGUGCGCAAAAGAAGCCGCUCUCGUCAGCGUCAUUCAAGAUCAAGAUCACCAGUAAGACGACACUCAAGAGAGAGACGUCGUUCUAGAAACCGUGAUUUAAGAAGAUCGAGGUCAAAAACUCCACCAAAAAAAGACAAAAAAUACACAAGGUCUGUCCAACAUACUGCUCCUAAAGUUACAGAAGAAGAUCUGCGUGGAAAAACUGCCGAAGAACAAGAAAUGAUGAAAAUGAUGGGAUUUUGUAACUUUGACACAACUCAUGGUAAAGAAGUAGACGGCAAUAAUGUUGGUGAUGUUCAUGUUAUACUUAAACGUAAAUAUCGACAGUACAUGAACCGUAAAGGUGGAUUUAAUAGACCUCUAGAUUUUGUAGCUUAAGUAUAACAGUAUGUCUACUGUAAAUUUAAAUUAAAUAAUCAAUUGUAUAAUAUUUGACUAACGAUAAUACAUUUUGCUUUUACUUUUACUUUUAAUAGCACAAGUUUAAUUAUGUAUGUAAUAAAUUAUUCUGAUUACAAUGUCUAUAGCAUGCAAUAUAAACUAAUUUUACUUUUAUAAAACAGCAUUUACAAUAUGCUACUAUGUAUAAUUAAUCAUUUAUUUUUUUUGAAAUAUUGAAAACCUAAAUUUAAUUUACUAUAGUAGGUAAUAUUUUUUCUACAAUACAUUAUCUUUAAGACAAUAUUAAUAUUUGUUUCUUUGGGAUAAAAAAAAUUUUUU